AUGAGUGACCAAAUUAACGCUUUAUCAGUCCAGCAGCAGCAGCAGCAGCAGCAGCAGCAGCAGCAGCAACAAGUUUACAUGUCCCCUCAAGCAGAAAACUUGAAUCACAUGUACUCGCUAGUCAACAAACUAGUGAGACAGUUGAGGGAAAAUCAGGCAGAAAAGGCAAAGAUACUAAAGAAUGUGGAUGUGUUAUCUGAUAAUCUAAACAAGUAUGAAAAGUCAGAACAACCUAAUGAUACAACGAAUAAUAUUGCAUUAUUCAAUAGAUUUCUAGAACAAAGAGGAGGGAGCGCUAUUACUGAAGAAGAACAACUAAGCGAUGACCUUAAAGAAAAUAGGAAGGAUGAAGUCAUGAUAGAAGUGUUGAGGAGCCAAAAUUCGAAGCUCCGGGAAACUCUAGAGGCAUCAAAACAGACAGCCUUUGAAUCCAUUGAUUUACUAUACUAUUCCGAAGAUUCAUUAAACUAUGUUGUAGCACAGUUAAGGGAAAAUGUCUUGGUGUAUCACGAAGAGACGAUCAAGUCGAUAAGGCAGAAAUUUCAAAUGGAAACAAUUCCCUUGGAGGACGAAGAAUUCAAGAUGUACUUAGAAAAUGUCAAUGAUAUACAAAAAUUAACAGACAUUUCCCACACCUACAGGCUACUGCUGCGGUUACAUGCACUUAAAUGA